AUGGCGGAAAAAGAAUUCAAUUCAAAACAGCCCGCAUACCUGUAUUCUGCAAAAAGUGAUUUAGAGUCCAACCAAGACUCCCAAGACUUAUUCAGUAUAAAAAGGGAAAGUGACGUAACAAGUGAAUCUCGAGACAUUAAACGCAGAGUUUCAUGGGGCAAUUAUCGUGUUCGGCAGUACCUUCAAACUACAGAAGAAAGCCCUCUUGAAGGAGGCCGGUAUCCUUUAAUUGAAGAUGAAGAUCUUCUCCAAGCCCCUCUUGGAAGUGCAAGUCCUAUAGAAGAUCCGCAGCUUUCUCAACUUUUUCACGAAUCAGCUAAACAAGACGAAACAUACAAGCGGAAACAAGCCAAUUCUCCUUCAGAUAUGGACAUCUCUGAAAUCAUGUCUCCUCCCUCAAAACCAAUUUUAAAGCCUGAAAGAACUGGGAGAGAGCUAAUUGAAGAAUUCAAUCAAAGUUUGGAAUCUCCCCCUGUCUAUAUGAACUGUGAAGAAGAUACCCCAGAAGAAUCCCGCUAUGAAAGACCUGACCCUGGAAUGCCAGCUUUAUUAAUAAAAUGCGAUAAUACCCCAAGCCAAGCGUGCUCACAAGAUAACGCUCCAAGAUUCCCAAAUUUAUUGACUCCAGUAAAGGAAGAAGACAGCGAAUCUAUGCAAAUUUGCAGCUCUGGAGACACACUGGUGUCGCCAAGUAUUGGAAGAUUUAAAGAUAUAAGCAAUAGGCAGUCAACUCCAUAUAUAAAUGUUAAGGAAAAUAGUCCAGUGAGUGUAAAAAGUGAGGCGUCUUCUAAAAGCGUGGUAAAACCAAUUUUAAAAAGAAAUGAAGAAGAAAAAAAAAUAGAGGAGACCCCUCAAAUAGCAGAAAAAGUCUCUUUAGUCUCUUCUAAACUUGAUACAAGUAAACUUACCCCUUUGAAGCCAAUUCCGUGGAAAGCUAAUUUUCCUCCAAAUUCUUCAGGCAGAAAAACGCCAAAACUUGAUCCUUUUAAAGAGCGUAAAAUUCAGGACUUAAAAGACAGAUUAGAAGAUGCGAAAAAAAGUUUAGAGCACGCCCUCUAUGAAAAAGAAAGCUUGGAAAGCCUUUCAAAUGGGCUUGUAUAUUUGUUAAAAGAGCAGGACAAUAAAAUUGAAAGGGCUAUCUCAGGACUUAUUUCUGAAAACCGGCAAAAAGAAAAAUCAGCUGAAGCAGUUAUUAACUCACAAAUUGAAAAUUUAAGCAGGGAUAUACUUGAAUUAAAAGAAAGAGACAGGUGGUAUUUGACUUAUCAUCAUUCCUAUGGAGAUAAAGAAAUCAAAGCGUUUCGGCACAUUCCAAGUCUUCUAAAUUCUCCUUGGUAUUCCAAGCUUUAUAUGGUUUUAAUAGGCCAAGAGACAGGAUAUGAAGUAUCAGUAAAAAUCAUGGAUGGUUUUGAUGAUGAAAUUUUUGAAAAAUUGUGAGAAAAAUUUUCGAAAUUUUUGAAUAAAUAUUUGUCACAUAAUAAAGAAGAAUUUAUACUGGAAAAUGCUGCUCAUUAUUGGCAUAGCUUCAUAUCUCUACAAGAAGCCUUUUUCAAGCUGAAAAUGGCUUUUGAGAUCAGCGAGAUCUUGACAACAGAUACUUCUUUAAUAAUCAAAGGAACUGCAGGAGAUCAGAAAUGGGAAACUGGGUUUUCUUUUAUCAGCAUUGACAAAGAUUGGGAUCUUUUUAAAUCCUCCCUGCGAAAUUUAGGCCUUGAAAUAUAA